AUGGGUGAACUGCGCUUUGGUCAAAGUAUUAUUCUUGGUUUUACAAGGCCAAGAAUCUUCUACCAGAUGCUUAUGAAAGGUCUCAAGCCCAAUAUGUACACAUUUAUUGGUGUAAUAAGGUCUUGUACCAGUCUUUUGGAUGUGCGCUUUGGAAGGCAAGUACAUGCUCAUAUCAUAAAGAACAGCCUUGAUGGUAAUGAUUUCAUUGGAACAGGUCUCAUUGACAUGUAUGCAAAAAGUAGAUGCUUGGAGGAUGCAGAUGUAGUUUUCAAUAGAUUAGCUAAUAGGGAUCUCUUCUCUUGGACAGUCAUCAUCUCUGGUUAUGCACAAACUGAUUAUGCAGAAAAUGCUGUGAAGUACUUAGUAGAGAUGCUAAGAGAGGGUAUGAAGCCUAAUGAGUUCACUCUUGCCAGCUGUUUAAGCGGAUGCUCCCAUAUAGCAACCUUGGGAAAUGGGCAGCAGCUGCAUUCCGUGGCAAUUAAGUCUGGGCAUUUUGGUGAUCUAGUGGCAAUUAAGUCUGGGCAUUUUGGUGAUCUAUAUGUUGCUAGUGCACUUGUUGAUAUGUAUGGGAAGUGUGGGUGCAUAAAAGAUGCUGAGGCCAUUUUUAAGGGCUUGUUUUCACGGGAUACAAUCUCAUGGAAUACAAUUAUAUCUGGAUACUCACAACAUGGACAAGGGAAGAAUGCUCUUGAAGCCUUUCAGAUGAUGUUAGAUGAAGGCAUUGUGCCUGAUGAGAUCACUUUCUUAAGUGUUCUUGCCACUUGUAGCUACAUGGGUUUGGUAGAGGAGGCAAAACGGUUUUUUAACUUGAUGCGCAAAGCUUAUGGGAUCAAUCCUUCGAUUGAGCAUCAUGCUUGUAUGGUUGAUGUUCUUGGUCGAGCAGGAAAAUUCAAUGAGGUUGAGGUCUUCAUUGACAAAAUGAAGCUAACACCAUAUUCCUUGAUCUGGGAGACUGUUCUUGGAGCAUGUAAAUUGCAUGGGAAUGUUGACUUGGGUGAACGAGCGACGUUGGUAGAACGAGCUGUCUUGAGAAACUAUUUGAACUUGAACCCAGUAAUGGACUGCCAGUUAUAUAUUGCUAAAUCAAACAUUUUUGCGGCCAAAGGUAGGGGUAGGAUGAGGUUAAAAAAAUAA